UCCCGUGUCUAUGCGUCGGGAAGAAUACAUUUCGAGAAUAUACACCUACGUAACGGUGCUUUUGAAAUGUUGGCAGCCUACUCGCAGAGCAAGUUGGCUAACAUAUUAUUUACCCGCGAGUUGGCUAAGCGUUUGGGUGCCGACACCACAAUCAAUGCGUAUUCACUACAUCCCGGAGCUGUGAACACGGAAUAGUACCGACAUAUCGAGUCCUCUGUUGUCAGGUUUAUCGCAAAAACAUUUACCAAAAUGGUUGGCAUAUCUGUCGAGAGCGGCACUCAGACCACCCUUUACUGCGCUCUCGAGAAAUCAUUGGACAGCGAAUCCGGAUUUUAUUAUGACAAUUGUUUACGAGUGGAUAACAUGUAUGCGAACGCGACGGACAAUAAAAGUGCGAAACUGUUGUGGGAAUUGAGCGCAGAUUUGGUUAAAUUGGAGGAUAAAUAUAAAUUGUGA